CACCAUUCUUGUCAAUUAGUGCUAAAGGGUGCAAAGAAAAUUUUUUUCACAACAACAGCCAUCUCAUAUCAAUUUUCAAAGUAUUAGCGUGUAAAAGUUGUUGUCUAUUAAACUAUUUCAUGACAGUGAAAAAAAAUUGACAUCUUUAUAGUGUAAGUGCUAAUUUUACAUCGAUCAGAGAUCAGGGCACAUCAAAGAGGGCCUGGCCUGGCCCUCCAUAUACCAAACAAAACAUGGACGCCGUUGAAAUAAAUACGUCGGAAUCACCGCAAAAUGAAGAGGGAAUUGUAUCUACAAUGGAAAUAUGUAGAGUUUGUCUACUUGGAAAUUUAUUAAUGCGCGAUCUUUUCCACGAUAAUGGGGUCGCAUCUUUGUCCUCUAAGGCCAUGAGUUUUACCAACAUUAAGAUGUUACCUGGUGAUGGACUACCAGGACAAGUUUGUUGUGAUUGUGCUGAUAAGUUGGAAGUUGCCUAUGAUUUUAAAUUACAAGUAGAGCAAGCUGAUAGUGUAUUGAGAGAAAAAUAUGAUACUUUAAACAUAAAAGAAGAGUUAUUUUUUAAUGACGUGGAAGUACAUUUAGAAGGAGAGAGAACGCGUGUAAGACGUGAAAUUAAUGAUAAUGGUGAAUAUGUCGAGGCAACAGAAUCAUUACACGACGAUGGAAGAGAUACACUUUUGAAGGAUCAUCUUGCACUUUUACAAGUUGAAAAAAUUGCCGAACAAGAGAGCAUAUUACAGCACGAUUUUUGUUCAGGUGUAGAGCAUUUGCAAGAACAACUUCAGGAAGAAUUAAAUGAGGGUGAAUUGGAGGAAGAGGAUUUGCCGGAGGAGGAGCAAUUGCAGGAGGAACAUUUACAAGAGGAACAUUUACAGGAACAACAUUUACAGGAACAACAUUUACAGGAACAACAUUUACAGGAACAACAUUUACAAGAACAACAUUUACAAGAACAUCAUUUACAGGAACAUCAUCUACAAGACCAUCAAUUACAAGAACAUUUACAAGAUCAACAAAUACAAGAGGAAAAUCUUCAGGAAGAACAUUUGCAAGAGGAACAUUUACAAGAGCAAUUACAAGAUGAUGAUGAUGAUUUAGCUGAUGAUCUUGCUAAACAAUCAAAUGAAGAAUUACUCCAAUUACAAGAAAUUUCCCAACCUAUGCACAAUUUUUCGGAUGAAAAACGUGGUAUUAAACAUGAAAAUCUUCAGGACAGUAAUAUUUCCGAACAAAAUUAUCUUGAUCAACAGGAAUGCUCACAAAUAAGUGAUGAUGAUUUCAAUAAUGACGAGCCAUUCGUCGAUUCACAAGAGUCAAUGGAAUAUUCAACAUUGGAAAAAGAAAGAGAAAUAACUGAACAAGAUGCCGAACAAAUGGAAUAUGAUUCACCACAAAAUGAAACAAGACGAAGUAAACGUAAAUUAACACGUCAAUCAACUGAAUCAGAUCAUAAUUCAGAUGAGGAGAAUUAUUUUGAAAAUUUAAAUUUAAGUUCACGUUUAAAAAAAACACAGGAGGAUAAAUCGGAGAAAGUUUUCUUUAUGUGUUAUCUUUGUGACAAGGAAUUUUUAUCAAAGGGAAUUUUAAAGGAACACAUGCAUUCACACGAGGAGGUGAGAAGAACUUUAUCAUUGAAAAAAAUUGACAAUAAAUCGCCAAAAACAAUUGUCCAACAAAAAUCAUUGUCUACACAAAAAGUUCCUGUAACACCACAAAAAACCCCGGUACCAUUAAAAAUGCCACCAUCUGGUAAAAAGGCAAAUAAAUGUCCCUAUUGCGGUAAAGAAUAUCUCUAUAUUAUUUCUUUCAAUAAACAUUUAAAACAACAUGAAAAAGAGAAAGGUGUCAAGAAACGUGAAUUUAUGACAUCGACAGAAGAUAAUUUUCCUGACGACGAUGAUUCUGUUGAUUAUAUCGAAAAUGUAAAUUCCAUUCAUAAUUUUGAAACAAGCGUCGAAGAUGUUAACGAUUCCGAAUCGGAUAAUGAUAAAGAAUCAGAAAUUUAUCAAUGUGACAAGUGUCCCGAGAAAUUCAACAAUAAACGAUCACUUCACAAACAUGGUGUUAAACAUAUAAAUUUAAAAUGUUCAGUUUGUGACGUAGAAUACGAAUCAUUGGAAAAAUUAAGCGAACAUCGAAUUGAACAUGUCACCGAAGGUGUUUUAACUGAGGAAGAUUUACGUAAAGACGCCGAGGAAUGGAAUAUAAUUGAUGACAAAGAUGAAAUGGAUCAAAAGAAUGAAUUAAAAUGUCCCCAUUGUCCAUUAUUAUUUUCAUAUAAAAAAUCCCUAUUAAAACAUAUUGAAACACAUGGAAUUAAAUUUACAUGUAAAAUUUGUGGCAAUGAAUUUUUAAAACGUGAACAAUUAGCAAAACAUUUGGAAAAUCAUGUAAGACCAAAAUCAUUUAAAUGUACACAAUGUAACAAAGUUUUUGGCAAUGAAUUAACAUUACGUAAUCAUUUAAUAGCAACAAAUCACAAGACAAUUCUUCAAGGACAAGAAUAUGAUCCAAAUAAAAGAUUAAAACGACACGCGGCAAAAGCAGCACAAAAAAUAAUUGAUAAAAUAAAAAUUGAAGACGAAAGCGAUUACGAUGAGGAGGGUAAAAAGAAAGAUCAUGAUGAAUUAAAAUCACCAAAGAGAAUGUACAAUAAAAAACUUCUCUUCGAAUGUGAGACGUGUAAUAAAAAAUGUAGUUCGAAACAAUCAUUAACAAAACAUAUGGAAUUACAUGUGAAAGAUGAGAAAAAUGAUAAAAUUAAACUUGAGAAAAAAGAAACAGAAAAAUUCCUCGACGAUGACGAUGAUGAUACAGAUGAUCGUGAUGAUGAUUUUGAAAGUGGUCUCGAUUGGCCAAUGGAUAAUCAUGAAUGUCCAACAUGUAAAAAACGAUACAGUACAAAAAAAUCCCUCCUUAGGCAUCAAUUACUUCAUGAGGAGCCAAAUUUUGAAUGUGACAUUUGUAAUGUGAAAUUUUAUCGUAAAGACAAAUUGAAAGCUCAUUAUGAUAAAUGUUCAGAGAAAAAUCCCGAUCAAGUACGUAAAUGUAAUAUAUGUGGUGAUAGUUUUGAAAAUAAUGAAAUAUUACGUGAACAUCGUGCAAAACAUGUGACAGAGGGAAUUCUAACCGAAGAGGAUCUACGUGAAAUUGAACCAAGGCCCGAGGAGAGAAAAUCAGGUGAAAAAAUACCACGCAAACGUCGUACCGAUAUUGUUGGUCUCGAAUGUACCGAAUGUAAUAAACAAUAUACAUCACGUAAAGGCCUCCUACGACAUAUACAAGUUCACGAGGGUAAAAAAUAUCUCUGCGACAUUUGUCCAAAGAAAUUCUAUCGACGUGAACAUUUAAAGAUACACGUUGCCAAACACAAUAUGAUUAAACCCUACAAGUGUACACGUUGUACAAAACGUUUCAUUAAAGAAGAACAAUUAACAAAUCAUCUUUCAAAACAUGAUCGUAAUUUCAAAAAGAAUAAAGAAACAGAUAGUUCAAAACGUUUUCUCUGUGAAAUUUGCUCGAAAAGUUUUACUCAAUCAACAACAUUAAUCGCUCAUUUACGUGCACACAAUGGAAUUAAACCAUAUGUAUGCGAAGUUUGCUCUCGUCCAUUCACAACAAAUGCCUAUCUUAAAAUGCAUAUGCGAACACACACUCAAGAACGACCUUAUAUUUGUCAAUUUUGUUCGCGUGCAUUUGCACGUGCCGAUACACUUGCAAAUCAUUUAACAUCACACACUGGCGAGGCGAAAUAUCAUUGUAAAUUUUGUCCAAAAAAUUUCCGACGACUCAAAUCACUCAAGGAACAUGUUUUCAUUCACACUGGUCAAAGGCCAUAUGCAUGUCCAACUUGUGAUCGAAGAUUCAAUAAUAAUGGUAGUCGCUAUGCGCACAGUAAACGUUGCAAGCAAAAUAUGUUACAAAAUCAAAAUCGUGCUCAACUUGUUGCACAACAAGUGCCACAAUCAACAUUACAGAUACAACAACAGCAACAGCAGCAGCAUCAACAACAACAACAGCAGCAGCAACAUCAUCAACAGCAGCAACAACAGCAAAAAAUUCAUCAAACUAUUGUUCAAAGUCCAUUGAUAAAAUCGCAGAAUAUUAAGACAAUCACAAUUGCAAGACAAGCGGAACCAAUGACUGCUCAACAUGUUAUGCAACAUCAGGAAAUUCUCAUGCCACUUAUUUUGCCAUUGACAGUAACACUUGCCGAUGUUGGAGAGGAAGUAAUAUUGCCCGAAGGUACGAAAAUAUUCACAACUUCUUAAUUUACAAUUUAAUAAAAGAGGGAGAGAUUUCAGAGACACGUUUUCUAUGAAAACAAACGAACGAUGAAAAAAAAAAAUUGUUCCUCUUCAUCGAGAAGAAAAACAAAAAAGUGAUCCUAAGAUGGAAAAAAGAAAAGUAAUUAAUAUUGUUCCAUCUGGUGCUCUCAAUGGGAUUAUUAUCCUCUGACCAAAAAUAUAUAUUUUUUCCUUUUUGUAUUGAAAAAAAAGUCAAAAUUAAUCAAAAUGAAAAUUUAAUUCAGGGAAAAUAUUUUGCAAUUAAAAAAAUAAUAAUUAAUCUAUUAUCUUGUUCUUGUUAAUUUUCUCAGUUUGUGAAAUCUUAAAAAAAAAAUAUAUAUUUCCUGAAUUAAAGUUUUUAUUGUCAAUCACUUUGUGAAUAUUGAUGAAAGAAAUUAAUAGUUGAAAAAUAGCAGUUAAUUUAUUAUAAUGUAAAUUUCUCUUACAUUACAUAUUUGUUUCAAUUUUUAAUAUUGUAAAUGCAAAACAAACUGCUCAACUUCAAUUAUUAAUUUCAAUUUAUUUCAUUGUCUUACUUUUUUUUUGCAUUGGAACAGUUUGUCUCAAAAAAAUUCAAACCAUUUUCUUUUUGUAAUUAUAAUUUAAAAUUCAAACCAAAAUUUGAAAGUUUUUUUUUCUAAAAACUUUAAAUGUGAUGAAAUUGUUUUUUGUAAGCGAAUUACAAUGUAAAGAAUUUACAGUAUAUAGUCAAUUUUCUAUGUAAAGUCUCAAUUUGAAAUUUUAAUGUAAAUUUAAAUUAAUUUACAUUAAAGAAUGUUUAUUUAAAAUUAAAAAUUGAAGCUAUAUAUUAUUUGUAAGUGCUUUGAGCAAAAAUUUGCUUAAAAUAGUAGAUUUUUUUUGUAAAUAUUCUCUUUAUUUACUUCUUAUAUUAUUAGUUUAAAAAUAUUUCUCUCAACUUUAUUUUCAAUUUUAAAAACUUAUUCUUUAGAACGAGGAAAAGAAAUGAUUUUCAAAUUGAGAUAAUUCUUCAUUGUUAUUGCCUUUUUUUUUUGUCAUUUAAUAUUGUCAGAAUGACUACGAACAGUUUUCAAAUUGCAAUAAUUGACAAAGAAAAAAAAAAUUUUUUGUUCUUUUGAUAACUUCUAUACGACACCUAAAGAGUCUUUGUAAACAUAAUAAUUAAUGUACGAUACCUUACAUCGAAUUUUAUUUUUUCAAAAAAAAAAAAAAGGUGAAGGCGCAAGAUAGCAGUUUAAUAAUUAAGAUUCUGUAAUAUUUUAAAAAGAAAAAUCUGCGCGCGAAAAUCAGGGCUGGGAAUUAUUAUAUUUAUAUAUAUAUAUUUUUUUUUUUGAGAAAUUUAUUUAUUUUUGAAAAUUGUUCAUUACAAGAAAAUUAAAUUACGAAUUUUCUUAUUAUAAACAUAAGUUAAAUGAGAAAAUAAUAUAUCGUUAAUGGUUUGAAUAAUUUGAAAUAUUUUUUGUAUAAUAUAUUUUUUUCCAACUUUAGUUUAUUUUUAAAUUUAAAAAAAUUAAUUAAAAUUGACAAAAGUGAUUAUUCUUGUUUGAGUAUAGGGCAAAAAUUAUAUUUUGCAUAAUUUUAUUCAUAUUAUUUAAGUAUUUACUAUAUUUGUAGAUGAUUUUAUUUGUGUAAAACAGUUUUUUUUUAAUUAUAAAAAAUUAAAAAAAAACUGUUUUUCAUUUUCUAUAAUAAUAAUAACAAAGAAUUAGUUUAAUGUUAAUUAAAAAAUAUUGUAACCAUCAUAUUUUCAGUGAUUUUAAAUUUCUAAGGGGGUUUUUUUUUUUAUUAGAAUAGAAAUAUUUCAUUUAUAUUUAAAAAAAAAAUUAGAUCAAUGUUAUUUAAUUUUUUUUUUAUAAUGCGAUAUUGCUGAAAUUUUAUUUACCGGAGAAUUUAAUAUUAUAUAAGUAAAUUUUCUUAUAAUAUAAAAUGUGGAAUAUAAAUUUUUAUAAUAUUUAAGUAUAUUUCGCCUCAGCCCUGUGGUAUGAUAUUUGCAUGUUAUGUAUAAUUGUAAUUACAUACAAAUAUGCUUAAAAAUAAGCCAACAAUAAUUAUAUAGUAAUUAGCUGUGGAUUAUAAUUUCCAUUUUAUUUGUACAUAACCGUUAUAGUGUGAAUAAAGAACACAAUCUUCAAAUA